AUGGUUAUGGAGCGGCUGGCGGACUUCGUCAGCAAGUCUCUGGAGGGAGGAGAGGCCCCGGCGCCACCACCGGAGCCCGGGGACCACGAAGAUGUGGACGAGGAAGUGGAUAUAACGGCGCUCGAAGAUAAAGCUCCACCGGCCAAACGACCGAGAAACUGGCUGGUGUCUCCUCUCCCAGUACAGAAUUACAAAAGAGACGAUGAUGAUGAGGAUCAUAAACACGAUAUAAAUGACAAGUCGAACGGCGGUAUCAGCUCGAGUGGUAAGCAGCGUCGUUCCCGGACGAACUUCACCCUGGAACAGCUGGGAGAACUGGAGAGGCUGUUCGAUGAAACACAUUACCCUGACGCCUUCAUGAGGGAGGAACUCAGCCAGAGACUGGGACUCAGUGAGGCGAGGGUGCAGGUGUGGUUUCAAAAUAGACGCGCCAAAUGUAGAAAACACGAAAGUCAGAUGCACAAAGGUCUCCUGGUAGGUGGUAGCGGAACUCCCCUGGAGCCUUGUCGCGUGGCCCCGUACGUGUCCGUGCCGCGACUGUCGAGCACCACUCAGCGUGCGCCGCCACCGCUACCACUCACACCACACCCACCACCGACAGCUUUCGCUCCGUUCGACUCCGCUAUGCUGUCUGCUGCUGCUCAUCAGUACGCUAGCGCGGCUGCGGCGGCGGCGGCUGCAGCGUUGUGUCCACCGUACGCUGGUCUAGCGGCUCUGGCAGCUCGGUGUCGGUCCUCAUCUAUAGCGGACUUACGACUGAAGGCUCGCCGGCACGCGGCGGCGCUUGCUGCUGCGAGAGCUCCCUCGCCAUCAAACUCGCCCGCUCCCGCUCCCGCUUCUGCACCCGCUGACACUUAG